GGAGCCAGAAGCUUCCUACAGCUCUCCCACCUGGUGCAGGGACUCAGGUCCUCAAUCCCUCUCCUUUUCUCUACUUUCCCUGUCUAUAAACAGGGAGCUCAGUUGGGAGCUCGAUUAACAGCUGCGUCUAGAAACAGCACCCAUAUGGCUUUGUCUUAACAUGCCUUAGUGCUGGUCCCAUGCUUACCUUUUCUUAAUGUGAAUAACUUUAAUGCUUAUAUAUUCUCUGUCUAUUAGAACAAACAUUUUGUGGUGUUAAUCACUUUUCUGAUUGUUUAAAUUUUGGAAUGAAGGAGAUUUUGUAAAUUAGUGAUCUCCAAUAACAUUUGAUAAUUACAUUCUUUUCUUCAUUUGCAGCAAAAUGUUUUGUGCUCUUUUAAAAUGAAUUCCAGAUCUGAGUAAUAAUCACGUGGAUGUUUUCUUUGUGACUUUAUUCACUCUUACACAUUGCUAGUAAAAAAUUACAAAUUGAUGCAACUGCAAAACAAUUUAGUAAUUUCUCAAGAUUGAAAUAAUACUAGCUUGUGACCCAAUGAUUGCAUUCUCAUGGUUGUAUGCAAGAUAAUUGAAAAGAUGUAUUCAUAGUGAUACCUGAAUGAGAAUGUUCAUAGCAGCAUUGUUCAUAAUAGCCUCAAAAAAAAAACUUGAAUGUCUAUCAACUUGUAAAUAAUAAGCAAAAAUGGUUCUCACACUAGAGUAUCAAUCAGCAACAAAAAGGGAAUGGUAUGAUGAUACAUGCUAGGACAUGAAUACCCCUCCCUUCAUGGUCAGUGAAAGAAACCAGUCACAAAGCAAGGUUUAUUGCAUGACUUCUUUUUCUAUGAAUGUGCACAAUAGGCAAACACAUGAUGACAUGAUUGCCAGACGCUAGAGUGAAGGGAACAGAGAAUGGGGAGUUACUGCCAGUGUAGAUCAGAUUUCUUUUUGAGGUGAUAAGAAUAUCAUAGUUAUUGGAUAGCAUUGUGAAUAAAGUAAGACUACUGAACUAUAUGCUUCUAACUAUAUAUUGUUACAUGAAUUGUAUUUCAUUUUUGUUUAAAAGGGUUUUGUACUCCAAGGUUAAAAAGUUUUACGUGAUGUUGUAUUCUUCCUAUGAAAAUUAAGGCAUUUUGUCUUAUGUGGCUUUUCCCCUAGCAUGAUGAUCGUGUCUGGACAGAUCUUAUUUUGUGUAGAAGUAGUUUGAUUUCUGUUUUGCCUUUAUUCCUGUUGAGUGACUUUGGUGUAGUCCUCAGCAACAUUGCCAACCUUGGAAGCUUUUGAACUCUUACCUCUGUGUCCCUGUUGUGGUGUGGUUUUCUAUGAUUGCCAACUUGAAUAUAAUCCCUGUGUCUUUCCUUUUAGGUACUUCUGCAAGGAUUCUGGUAGAAUCACUCCUGCUCAGGCUGAUGGUGGCAGAGUCUGCACAGAACUAUGCUUCGAGGUUUUCUAGGAAAAACCUUUCGGCUUCUUGGCUAUACAAUUCAGUAUGGCUGUAUAGCUCAUUGUGCUUUUGAAUACGUUGGUGGUGUUGUUAUGUGUUCUGGACCAUCAAUGGAGCCUACAAUUCAAAAUUCAGACAUUGUCUUUGCAGAAAAUCUUAGUCGACAUUUUCAUGGCAUUCACAGAGGUGACAUUGUGAUUGCAAAAAGCCCAAGUGACCCAAGAUCAAAUAUUUGUAAAAGAGUGAUUGGCUUGGAAGGAGACAAAAUCCUCACCACUAGUCCAUCGGAUUUCUUUAAAAGCCAUAGUUAUGUCCCAACAGGUCAUGUUUGGUUAGAAGGUGAUAAUCUACAGAAUUCUACAGAUUCCAGAUACUAUGGACCUAUUCCAUAUGGACUAAUAAGAGGACGGAUCUUUUUCAAGGUACAGUUGUCUUGUUCAUUGUAUUCUAUCCAAAUAAACUUUGAAAUCUUUAGGCUGUCAGUGAACUUAACAAUUGGAAUGAUGACAUUUUAUGAACAUGUUGGCAUUUUCUCAAUAUCUAUGUACCAAACAUUACAACCCACCUUUCCCUGCACUCAUAUACAGAUAGGUAAUUGAAUAACUUUUUGAUAC